AUGGCAACUGACCAUAAGACAGAUGAAUAUAUUAAACUCAGAGUCGUUGGACAAGAUAAUAGUGAAGUUCAUUUUAAAGUUAAAAUGACAACAAAUAUGGGUAAAUUAAAGAAAUCCUAUGCUGAACGACAAGGUGUCAGUGUAGCAACUUUACGAUUUCUUUUCGAUGGUAAACGUAUAAAUGAUGAUGAAACACCAAAACAACUUGAAAUGGAAGAUAACGAUACCAUUGAAGUGUAUCAAGAACAAGUUGGAGGAUUUUAUUGA